GAUCCGAUCAAGUUCAAGUACGAAACCUAUCCAAACCCAAUCCAUCAAACCAUCCCAAACCAAAGACCAACCUCUCCCAAAGAUAUUACACAUCUUCCUCCGAAAGCGAACCAUCAUCAACAUCAAAUCAUACUCACCAAGCCCCUCAAAAGAAAUUAGAUAAAAAUCUCAUUUCAUCAAGUUGAUUUAUCUUAACGGGUCUAAGUCUAUUACUUCAUUUCAAAGAUUAAAACGAGUAAGGUAUAAAACUAAAAGAGAAGAAACAAAACAAAGAUCAACUGGAAAAGUUAAAGCUGAAGGUGAAUUUGAAUUAUUAAAUGUUGAGAAUGGUAAAAUAUCUAAGCAAGAUGAUUUAUUAGAAAACUUCCCUUUGAUUUAUUAAAAUUUGUCCUGAUCUAUGUCCUGAAGGAUUAGAUAAGAUGUAGAUUGAUUUGAUGUACCCAUCUGACCAAUUGAUGUGUCAGUAGAUCCAAAUCAAGAUACACCAGAAGCAAUAAUCCAAUACUUGAAAGGUUUUCAUUCAUCUAUGAUAGGAUUGACAGCAUCAUGUAAAUCUAUAAUGUGUAAAGUUGAUUGAGUUUAUUGUUUUAUCACACCUAACUUGAAACCAACAGAUGAUUGUUUUUUUGGCAAUUUUGUAUUUUUUUAUUUAAAACUUUAGAUCAUGAUGCAUUUAGAUCAGCAGCUAUCAGCACCAACAAAUCU